AUGGGAUACGAAUUGUUCGCUGCAAAUGGGACUAUCAUUUACACAUAUGGCUUCCUCCCCUUAACGCUGGAUCUAGGACUUAGGCGCGCUUUCACGUGGCGUUUCGUCGUAGCAGGCGUCUCAAAGCCCAUCAUCGGCGUCGACUUUUUAAGUUACUACAACCUGCUAGUCGACUGUCGCAACCAGCGCCUCGUUGACGGUGUUACCACACUUGCUGUUGCACUCCCGAAACAACGUUCUACGGAAACAAUUUCCUCAGUCCGUACGACUUUAGAGGAUACAUCUUAUCAUCGCCUGCUUAGAGAAUUCCCAGAAAUCACUCGCCCUGCUGGAAAGCCGCACAUCACCAAACACUCUACGGUGCACCAUAUCCGUACCACCGAUGGACCACCGGUAUCUAGCCGCCCGCGACGGUUAGACCCGGAAAGACUAAAAAUUGCUAAGCAAGAGUUCGAUGAGAUGUUACAGAGUGGCACAGCAAGAAGAUCUGACAGCCCAUGGUCAUCACCGUUACAUUUAACUAAGAAGAAAAACGACGGGUGGCGACCGUGCGGCGAUUACAGAGCCCUAAACGCCCGUACAAUUCCCGAUAAGUACCCUAUCAGGCACUUGCAUGAUUUUACGUGCCAGUUGACAGGCAGUACGGUCUUUUCAACCAUAGACCUGGUUAAAGCUUAUCAUCAGAUACCAGUAUACGAAGACGACAUUCCGAAAACCGCUAUCGCCACUCCUUUCGGGCUUUACGAAUUCCCGUUCAUGACGUUCGGUCUUCGUAACGCCGCACAGACCUUUCAAAGAUUCAUGGACGAGGUACUGCGGGGCUUAGAUUUUUGUUAUGGGUACCUGGAUGACAUUCUAGUCUUCAGCAGCAGCAGUACCCUUCAUCAAGAGCAUCUCAAGUUGUUGUUCCAAAGACUAGCAGAAUAUGGAGUUCUAAUAAAUACCAACAAAUGUACUUUCGGCAAAACGCAAGUCCAGUUCCUGGGCCACAACGUGUCAGCAGCAGGAAUACAGCCGUUAGAAUCGAAGGUUGAAGCCAUUCAGAACUUCCCGGUACCCAAGACGCUAAAAGAAUUACGAAGAUUUUUAGAUCCUCAAGCAGAACUGUCCAUACAGACGGACGCUUCAGAUACAGCAAUAGGUGCUGUGCUGCAACAGUUCAAGAACAAUGAAUGGCAACCCUUAGCAUUCUUUUCGAGGAAGCUAAACUUCAGAUAUGUAGCUGGUAAAGAAAAUAUUGUUGCAGAUGCCCUUUCGCGUAUCGAGGCAGUUUCUAUACCCUUAAAUUACCACUCCCUGGUCAAAGCACAAGAGGCGGACAGCGAGCUACAGGACCUGCUGAAAAAUGGGUCUGCGCUUAGGUUGAAGAAAAUACGAUUAGAGUCAGAGCCAGCUCUUCUGGUAUACUGCGAUGUCUCUCAAAGUAAUCCUCGACCAUUCAUCACACCUUCAUAUCGCAAGCAGGUAUUCGAUUCGCUCCACAAUUUAAGCCAUCCAGGAGCCAAGCCUACGGUCAAGUUAGUUACAGAGUGCUACAUUUGGCCUGGUAUCCGCAAAGACUGUCGACAAUGGGUAAAGGAGUGUCAACAAUGUCAGCAAAGCAAAGUGACCAGACACACUCAAGCUCCGCUACAAGCCUUCGAAAGCCCUUCCGCACGUUUUCGACACAUCCACUUGGAUUUGAUAGGUCCUUUACCUUUAUGUUUAGGUUACAGGUACUGCCUAACCAUAGUGGACCGCUACACAAGGUGGCCAGAAGUCUACCCACUACAAGACAUCACCGCCGAAAGCUGCAUUGCUGCCCUUUCCAGUGGUUGGAUAUCACGGUUCGGGUGCCCCGAACACAUCACCACUGACCGUGGCCGGCAGUUUGAGUCGGGCGCUUUCAAAGAACUGGUCAAGCUCAUCGGUGCCAACCAUCAUACCACAACGGCAUAUCAUCCGACAGCUAAUGGGUCCCCAUCGGAAACCCCUUCAAGCACCUUAUUCAGGUCCAUACAGGGUGCUGCGACGCGAGGAGAAAACCUUUGACAUCGACGUACAAGGCAAAACGCAGCGAAUCAGCAUAGACAGACUGAAACCAGCUUACAUACUCGCUGAGGACCAGACAGACCAGAAUAUCAAAGUUCAGGAGAAG